CUGUGCAGUGUCCCGUUAACAGGGGAAUCCCGAAACCACAUCACCUGCCAGGGAAGACAAACAUAAAUGAGCUCCGCGACAGUACCCGGCAGGUCCGACUCAAACUGGCAGCCUGCCAGACCAGCCAGUCCACCAAUGAGACGUCAGAGCCUUCCGCGGACAACUGGAAGAUCUCACUCACCAGACAUAUGACCGAAUGUGAUGUCCUGAGGGAGGAAGAGGAGGAGGAUGUUGAAGAUGAUGAUGAUGAAGAGGAAGAUGAAUACAGAAGUGACCUAUUUAGAUACCCAGCAAGCAGUGCCAGAUCUGUUUUGACAACUGCACGUGGGUGGGACGUUUCCACAUCUGAUCCGAGGAUUGACAAGGUUCUGUGGCCUAUCCAGGACCAGGAGGAGUUGAGAAGACAGCGCCUGUCGCAGUUCCUGAUGCACCGCCGCCACUUCAUGAGCGUCGAGCGGCAGCGCGUGAAAGAGAGCGACCAGCACAGGAAGCACCUGAAGAAGACGGCCAGGAUCAAAGCGAACAAGGAAAAAGCGCGCCUGGAGGAAGAGCGGCAGCUGGAGCGCACGCGGCAGCUCUCGCACGUCCGCCAGCGCUUGGAGGAGCGAGAGAUGCUCGUCCUGGAGCGCCUCAAGCUGGAGAAGGAGGAGAGAGCGGCCGACCUGGAGAGGAGGAAACGGGAGAGCGAGAAAGGCAUCGUGGCCGGCAGGUACGUUGACGCUCUGAGAUCCCAAGUGAGGGACCGAAUGGCCAACAAGAAGUUGGACCUGCCGCCGCUGUGCUGCUGCGCGUCGUCCUUCUGGGAGUCGCACCCCGACACCUGCGCCAACAACUGCGUCUUCCACAACAAUCCCAAAGAGUAUGCGCAGGCACUACAUGCAGCCGUGUCGAGUCUGGAUUUAAAGUGAAAACUGCCGAAGAGCUGCUGACCAAGAAUCAAAUGAACAUAAAGAGAAAUACAUUGACACCAGGGCUGGGCAAACUUUGCGUUUCAAGUUUUAAAUAGUGGAUUGGCUUUUAUGGUUUUACAGUUAAUACAACUUCAGUGUUUAGAUAAUGUGUUUAAAUGCUAAUUAAAAUGACUGAUUGUUUCUCUUCUUGA